CUUCCUACAUAGAGGCUGAUAAAAUACCAGUAAUGCGUGGACAGUGGUUUAUUGAUGGUACUUGGCAGCCUCUGGAAGAAGAAGAAAGUAAUUUAAUUGAGCAAGAACAUCUCAGCCGUUUUAAGGGUCGGCAGAUGCAGGAAAAUUUUGAUACUGAAAUGUCAAAAUCCAUAGACGGAAAAGAUGGCAGUGGGAUCAACUAUUCCGUUGUCUACCACCUCCCUCCCUUCUCCCUCCCUUCUCUCUUCAAAUGGAGAGGAUAUAAGGAGAGUUCAGAUGCGGCAGGUCUUAAACGAAAGCGUUCCCAAGCUAUUCAUAGUUUCAAAUUGAGUCGAAACCACGUGGACUGGCACAGUGUGAAUGAGGUGUACCUUUAUAGCGAUGCAACAACAUCUAAAAUCGCAAGAACAGUUACCCAGAAAUUGGGAUUUUCUAAAGCAUCAAGUAGCGGGACCAGACUUCACAGAGGUUAUGUAGAAGAAGCCACAUUAGAAGACAAGCCAUCGCAGACUACCCAUAUUGUGUUUGUUGUGCAUGGCAUUGGGCAGAAAAUGGACCAAGGAAGAAUUAUCAAAAAUACAGCCAUGAUGAGAGAGGCUGCAAGAAAAAUAGAAGAAAGGCAUUUUUCCAAUCAUGCAACACAUGUUGAAUUUCUCCCUGUUGAGUGGAGGUCAAAACUUACUCUUGAUGGAGACACUGUUGAUUCCAUUACUCCUGACAAAGUACGAGGUUUAAGGGACAUGCUGAACAGCAGUGCAAUGGACAUAAUGUAUUAUACUAGCCCACUUUAUAGAGAUGAACUAGUUAAAGGCCUUCAGCAAGAGCUGAAUCGAUUAUAUUCCCUUUUCUGUUCUCGGAAUCCAGACUUUGAAGAAAAAGGGGGUAAAGUGUCAAUAGUGUCCCAUUCCUUGGGAUGUGUAAUCACUUACGACAUAAUGACUGGCUGGAACCCAGUGCGACUGUAUGAGCAGCUGCUGCAGAAGGAGGAAGAGCUGCCGGAUGAGCGGUGGAUGUGCUACGAGGAGCGGCACCUUCUGGACGAGCUGUACAUAACGAGACGACGGCUGAGGGAAAUAGAAGAGCGGCUGAAUGGGUUGAAGGCAUCAUCUGUGAUGCAAACCCCUGCCUUAAAAUUUAAGGUUGAAAAUUUCUUCUGUAUGGGAUCCCCACUUGCAGUCUUUUUGGCAUUGCGUGGCAUCCGCCCAGGAAACACUGGAAGUCAAGACCAUAUUUUACCUAGAGAGAUUUGUCACCGCUUACUAAAUAUUUUUCACCCUACAGAUCCAGUGGCUUACAGAUUAGAACCAUUGAUAUUGAAACACUACAGCAACAUCUCACCUGUCCAGAUCCACUGGUACAACACUUCAAACCCUCUACCUUACGAACAUAUGAAGCCAAGCUUUCUCAACCCAGCCAAAGAGCCUACCUCAGCUUCAGAUAAUGAAGGCAUCUCGACCAUACCCAGCCCUGUGACCUCACCGGUCCUAGCCCGCCGUCACUAUGGGGAAUCUAUUACUAAUAUAGGCAAAGCCAGCAUAUUAGGGGCUGCGAGCAUCGGAAAGGGGCUCGGAGGAAUGCUGUUCUCCAGAUUCGGACGCUCAUCGGCGUCGCAGCCAUCGGAGACCUCCAGAGACUCCAUGGAAGACGAGAAGAAGCCAGCUGCUUCGCCCUCCACGUCCACCGUAGCCACACAAACCCUUCCACACAGCAGCUCGGGCUUUCUUGACUCUGCAUAUUUCAGACUUCAAGAAUCGUUCUUUUAUCUCCCACAACUUCUUUUUCCGGAAAAUGUAAUGCAGAAUAAAGAUAAUACCCUCGUGGAACUGGACCACAGAAUUGAUUUUGAGCUCAGAGAAGGUCUCGUGGAGAGCCGCUACUGGUCAGCGGUCACGUCGCAUACUGCUUAUUGGUCUUCCUUGGAUGUCGCCCUCUUCCUGUUAACCUUCAUGUACAAACACGAGCAGGAAGAGGAUGCAAAGCCCAGUUUAGAUCCAGUCUGAACUCUUGAAGGACAUUAGUGGCCCAAAACUAUUUUUUUCUGUUCAAAUGUGUAUGUCAAGAUAUGGAGAUUUCAGGACUAAGUACUGUAUGUUCCCAUUUUGUUUAGGGCAAGAAAUAGUUGAAUUUAAAAGCACUUUAUUUUCUCCAUCCUAAAGAAAUUACUUACUCCAUCGUUUCGAUUAUGAGUCUGACAGAACCCCCUGCAGUGAAUCAAGCAAGACUUACAAGUGAAGGAGGUUUGGGUGAACCACAUGAAAAAGUCACAGAUCACAACGUCAUUUCUCAAGAUACAAAGGCCCAUUAAUGAGUUGAAGCUAAUGUAUUAACCAAAAUAUGUUACAAUUCUAAGAUGGUCAGAGUUCAGUCUGCUCUAUGUGCAGUUUACAAAGCAGUAUCAUUGUUUUAGAUUUCUGUGAAAGCUUCCACAAUUCCUAUGAAGAAUAUAAAAGAAAAUGUUUUAAGUUUAACUUGUUGAGAAAAACUAAUGCUAAAAAACAUUUGAACUACUGUAUUUAUAAUUUAUUACAUCUGACUGGUUGCUUUAUUUCAGUGUAUGAAACAUUACAUUUUCUUAAUGUUUCUUUUGAACAUAAUUUAAGAACCACAUUUAUUUUCUGUAAUGUUGAGACCCUUUUUUCUCAGGUCUUCAUCUUUGUACUCUUCAGAUGAAUAUCUAGACACUGUGGCAUACUUUAUUUUUUUCAUUAAAAUAUAGUUUCACACCAGUUAAAAAGAAAAAAAACUGUUAUGUACCUCAGAAAGCUAAAGUGUUUCUAAACUUGACAAAGUCCUUCAUUUGGGGUACAUUUUAUUAACUUGAUUAGAAAAUUAGUAAAUAUCUUUGGGGAUUAUGACAACUAUUUCAAAUGUGUAAACAUUUGUGUGCCAAAUAGCUAACAUAGAGACACAUCAGUCAUGACACAAGGCGCGGGCAGUUUUCUCAGCUGUAAUUGUCUCCACAGUGCUUUUCACCUGAGGAGCUCAAAGUGCUUUCAGAGGAGUGCACGUUCAGUAGUCUGUGUGGUAGCUCCUUGAGGUAAGUAAAUGUCUUUCUCACGUUCCACAUUCGUACACCAAGGCACCAAAACACAAAGUGCCUUGCCUUCAUUUGCAUAGCACAUCAAAAAAGCUGCCGUUGAAGCCACACUGAAUUUUUUUAUAUGCUAUUCAGUGACUCAUAACUCGCAUGGAGCCUCAUGGUAGUUUGCAAACAGUCACAUAAGUUGAAGUGACGGUGAGGCCAACACGGCAGCCUCCACAUCCAUUCUCGGUUCUCGCUCUCUCAGGAGGAGCUCCCUAGAGAAGGGAGAGUAGCCAUCUCUGCCACGGCCACUCCCUCCGAGCGGGCGAGUGAGCGGCUCACCCCAGGCUCCACUCAAGGUGCUGUCUUUCCUUAACCUUCCCCUCCUCAGAAACGAUAUCAAACAAGAAGCAGAGGUGGUCAGUCACACAUCUCACCUUUCUUUGUAAGCUAGAAAUUGACUGCAGAGCAAGAUUACAGGUUUUACUUCAUACCAUCAGUGCUGCUGACUGUUUUGGCCUUCCAUUGAGUUUCUACCCCAGAAAGCACUUCGUUUUAGUGUUUUAAAAAAUCCCAAAGUUCCACGCCAAGUUAAGUAACACGAAGAAACCCUUGCUAUAAAAGGCUCUCGAGAUCUUAGCAAAGCUAAAGAAAUCUCUCAGAUUUAGAGAUUCCUGUGAACUCAGGUCAUUUUCAUAGCCUGUUUAUUUUGUAGGUCUAAUUUAGUUCUCAGGAAAAUUCAACCCACGUCCUGUGACUGUCACUAAAGGUUCUUUGAGUGUCUCUUGCUGUAGGUGGUGUGACACUCAGGUGCACUAGAGCCUUAAGGGAUUCCUUCGUCACCACUGGAACCUGAAGAGCCCACUUUACCUUAAAAGACUAAAAUUCUAUCAAACAUUUUCAUUCGAUACUGAAUUAAAAGUGUGUUCCCAUAGGCACCGGAAUAUGUCUUUUCUUUCCUUCAUACUGAGGAAACAGUCAAGUUUCACUACUUGGAGUUUAUGUGAAUUCUUAGAGCAAUGUUCAGAACUCCCUUUUCAAAAUAGAUGCUCUGGGACAUAGGACAGGUGUUUUGUUUGCUGCUCAUUUCAUUAACACAGAGGGUGGUUUUAAUUUUAUAGUACUCUCAAUUCCGUGUGUGCAUGUUAUCAUGGGAUGUACUUGUAUGUACUCAAGUAAUACAGAAGAGUAUGUGUAAUUCUGGCUUGAUUUAGAAGCUAAGUCAAUCACUAAAUACCAUUUUGCAACUUUAUUCCAGCAAGUACUAAAU